ACUCUUACUAUUAUAUCAGUGUAGCCUGAACACUGCUUGUAUGCAUCGCUUAGGAGGAGUGGGUCUGGCUGCUUUCGAGCGACAGAUAGAAUCUCAGCGUUCUUUUGCAGAGUUAUCCUCGGAAUUGUCAAAAGCCCAAGUCGACCACCUUCAUUCUCAAUUGACGCAAUUCCGUACUGCACUUUCUCACUUCGCAGCUACCCAUCGCGACUCUAUAAGGCGUGAUCCUGCCUUUCGCCAUGCGUUUCAACAAAUGUGCUCAUCGAUUGGUGUCGAUCCACUCGCAGGUCCCAGGAAGGGUGGAUGGUGGGCGGAGAUGCUCGGACUAGGAGACUGGCAAUAUGAGCUGGGCGUGCAAAUUGUGGAUGUCUGUGUUAGCACCAGAGAAAGAAAUGGUGGUGUCAUUGAGAUGAGUGAGCUGGUGAGGGUUGUGAGCAAGUUAAGAGGCGUCAGUAGCGGUGUCAUAACCGAGGACGAUGUGAUAAGAAGUAUCAAGACUCUCCAACCCCUUGGAGCCGGGUACGAAGUUAUCGAUGUAGGAGGGGGGAAGAAGAUGGUGCGAAGCGUAAUGAAGGAGUUGGACGAGGAUCAGGCUGUUGUUUUAUCUGAGGCUCAGUCUGAAGGUGGCAGAAUUGUGGAAGAUAUCCUUGUUUCUCGGAGGGGAUGGGCUCGAGAACGCGCAAGAGCUGCGUUAGAGAACAUGUUGCUUCGCGAUGGGCUAUGUUGGCUGGAUGAGCAAGAUGAGAGUACCGGAAGAUCGUAUUGGGUACCUUCAGCUAUGCGGUGGGACGAGUGAAUAAAUGGCUACAAAUGGGUGAAGGGGGAAAUGUACUCUCAUUUUAACUUUGCCGUCUUAUCACUCUUUCCGCCUUACGUCCGGAUCAACCGGCCCUGGCAAUACUCGAUACAACACAGUUGAAUUACCGAGUUGGCCUGCUGCAGUCCUACGCUUACCAGCUGGAUUUAUU